AUGUCUCAGGUAUUGGCCAGCGAUGACUAUUCCCCUCUAUUUGCGCCGUUCUUCGGUUUCGCAGGAUGUGCGUUUGCCAUGAUUUUGUCGUGUAUGGGAGCAGCUAUAGGGACUGCCAAGUCUGGGAUUGGGAUCGCCGGUAUCGGUACUUUCAAGCCUGAACUUAUCAUGAAAUCUCUUAUACCAGUGGUAAUGAGUGGUAUUCUAGCUGUUUACGGGUUGGUGGUGGCCGUCUUGAUUGCAGGAGGUUUGUCCCCCACUGAAGAGUACACACUUUUCAACGGGUUCAUGCACAUGAGUUGCGGGCUGUGCGUUGGUUUCGCGUGUUUGAGCAGUGGCUAUGCCAUUGGAAUUGUUGGAGAUGUCGGUGUGCGUAAGUUCAUGCAUCAGCCCAGGCUCUUCGUGGGUAUCGUGUUGGUUUUGAUUUUUGCCGAAGUGCUGGGUCUUUACGGUAUGAUUAUCGCGCUCAUUCUCAACACCAGAAGCUCCGGUUGA